GAAGAGGAGGGUGUUGAGACGUGCUGUGAAGGAGGCGAGGGAGGGAGUGUCGGUUUUGUUGAUGUCAUGAGUUGCUCUGUCUCUGGUUAGAGGAAGGUGUGUCCUCUUCGAUAUUGGCUUCGCUCCAGUGCUGAGUGCAGUGAGAGAGAGAGAGAGAGAGAAAUCAAGUUUGCGGAGAGAGAGAGAGAGAGAGAGAGAUGUGAUCUGCGAUCUGCCACUUUGGCAUUUGGUGACCGGAGGAGAGGGAGACAAGACGACAGAACCGGGAGCUUGGGAAGAAGCCUUACUCUUCCAGGACUCGCGGUCAAAUCACCCCUCAGCGCCCACGACCACCCCGACAAAAACUCGCACUUGCCUCGCGCCCUCCGCACAGGUGUUAAGAGCUGGAGCCCGAGGUACGAGGGAUGGACAGAGGAGAGUGGGCCACGCUCAGUCCGGAUGAGUUUGUGAAGCUUCACGAGUACAUCGAGUACACCACCAAGACAGUGAAGGAGGUCCUAACGGAAUUUGAAGGCAAUGGCUUGCUUUCCAAAUACAGCGCAAAGGAGAGCAUAGACUUCGAAGGCUUCAAGCUAUUCAUGAGGAUUUACCUGGAGGCCGACACAAUUCCCGAAGACUUCUGCCGGCACCUUUACCGCUCUUUCCAAACCAAAUUGAGCGACAGAGGAGAGGAGGUCAACAACGAGAGUGAGGUCUCCCCCACUACCCAGGACACGAACAGACAAAGCUCCAAGUCCCAGGACGAGAUGCAGGUGAUAUGUGUGAAGGACAUUGUGUGUUAUCUCUCAUUCCUGGAGGGAGUGGAGCCUGAGGACAAGCUGAAAUUUACUUUCAAGCUGUAUGAUGCAGAUGGCAACGGCCUUUUGGAUAGCUCAGAAGUCGAUCGGAUCAUUGCCCAGAUGAUGCACGUGGCCAAAUACCUGAACUGGGACGUCACUGAACUGAAACCGAUUCUGAAGGAGAUGAUGAGCGAAAUCGAUUACGAUGGGAAUGGAACCGUGUCUUUGGACGAGUGGAUCAAGGGCGGGAUGACCACAGUGCCCCUACUUGUGCUUCUAGGGCUCGAGGCCAGCUUGAAGGACGAUGGCCAACAUAUUUGGCAACUGAAACACUUCAAUCGGCCGGUGUAUUGUAACUUGUGCCAAAAUAUGUUGCUGGGAAUCAGAAAGCAGGGAUUAUGCUGUACAUUGUGUAAAUACACAGCCCACGAGCGCUGUGCGUCGAAAGCCCCUUUGUCCUGUAUCAAAACUUACGCCAAAUCUAAAAAGGACACGAGCGUCAUGAAGCACAUGUGGGUGGACGGGAACUGCCACAUGACCUGCGAAUUCUGCCAGAAAUCGAUCAUAAGCUUCCACCGUCUGACGGGGGUCCACUGUGUCUGGUGUCACAUUACCCUACACAACGAGUGUGUGUCCAAGGUGAAGGAGUCGUGCGAUUGCGGGACAUUGAAGGAUCACGUGCUCCCUCCCUCUGCUAUCUACCCCGGAGUUCUGGACAGGCAGAACAGUCAGAGGAAGAAGGAAGAGGAAGGUUCGAUGUCACCAGACACCGAACAACCAGUCACUACAGUAGACGGGCAAAUCCUUCAGAUUACCCCGGUGCCCCAAACGCACCCACUUCUGGUGUUUGUGAACCCCAAAAGUGGGGGGAAGCAGGGAGAGAGGGUUUUAAGGAAAUUCCAGUAUCUUCUGAACCCAAGACAGGUCUACAACCUUUCCAAAGGUGGACCCAAACCAGGCCUGAAAUUCUUUCACGGACUGACGGACUUCCGGAUCCUGGUCUGCGGGGGGGAUGGCACAGUGGGAUGGAUCCUGGACUCAAUGGAUAAAAUGAACUUUGCUGCUAAGCCGUCGGUGGCGGUUUUACCGCUGGGAACCGGGAAUGACAUGGCGCGUUGCCUCCGAUGGGGAGGAGGCUACGAGGGGGAGAAACUGACUAAAAUCCUGAAGGAUAUCGAGGUCAGUACUGCAGUCAUGUUGGAUCGGUGGAGUUUUGAGGUGACCCCCAGCACAGAGGAGAAAGGGGACCCUGUGCCUUACAGCAUCAUCAACAACUAUUUCUCCAUCGGGGUGGACGCUUCAAUCGCGCACCGAUUCCACACGAUGAGGGAGAAGCACCCGGAAAAAUUCAACACCAGGAUGAAGAAUAAACUGUGGUAUUUUGAGUUUGCUACGUCAGAAACUCUUUCCUCCACCUGCAAGAACCUCAAGGACGUCCUGGAGAUAGAGUGCAGUGGGACCCGGGUGGACCUCAGCAGCUUCUCCCUGGAGGGCGUCGCUGUGCUGAACAUCCCCAGUAUGCACGGGGGCUCGAACCUGUGGGGGGAGAACAAGAAGAUGUCGGGAGAGCUGAAAAACAAAACCUACGCAGCCAUCACUGACCCCGUUACCCUCAAGUCCUGCGUCCAAGAUUUGAGCGAUAAACUGCUGGAGGUCGUGGGACUCGAGGGAGUGAUUGAAAUGGGACAGAUUUAUACGGGACUAAAGAGCGCCGGCAAUCGACUGGCGCAGUGCUCCGAUAUCACGAUAAGGACAAAACAAUCUUUGCCAAUGCAGAUCGAUGGGGAGCCCUGGGUUCAACCUCCUUGCACUAUCAAGAUAACGCACAAGAACCAGGUGUCGAUGUUGGUGGGACCUUCAACAAAAUCAUCCGGAUCCAAGAAGUGACACGGACGACCGAGAGAGAGAGAGAGAGAGAGAGAGAG